GAACAAGUAAACACGAGAUGAUCUGGACAAUUUUCCUGCUCGUCCAAGCUGUCCUGCUUUAUUUCAUUCUCACACACAGAUCGAGAUCCAAGAGUGAACCACCUCUAGACAAAGGAGUUAUUCCAUGGUUAGGCCAUGCACUUGAAUUUGGAAAAGAUGCUUCCAAGUUCUUGAAUCGAAUGAAGCUGAAACAUGGCAACAUUUUCACAGUGCGUGCUGCUGGGCGUUACGUGACGGUGCUGCUGGAUCCACACUCAUACGACGCAGUCAUCAAUGACUCCGACUCCCUUGACUUUACUCGCUAUGCACAGGUGCUCAUGGAGAGGAUCUUCAACCUGCGGCUCCCACAUCACCAGCCGGCUAAAGCAAAAGCAAUGAUGAAAAAGCACUUCCUAGGAGUGAAUUUGGGUGCCCUUAACAGCACCAUGGGCAAACACCUGCAAGCCUUGCUGAAAGCAGAGAUGCCUCAGAACCAGAAAGACUGGAAGAAGGAGGGACUGUUCAACUUCGCUUACAGCUUACUUUUCAAGGCGGGGUACCUGACCCUGUUCGGAGGAGAGCAGAACAACAACGGCACGGAUCCCUCAAGUGUCUACGAGGAGUACAAGAAGUUUGAUGGUCUCUUAACCAAAAUGGCAAGAGGCACGCUAAAGCCAGAGGAGAAGAGGACAGCCCAGAGUGUUCGCCAGAGACUGUGGGAGCUUUUGGCUCCAGCAGGUCUGACUGAAGACUCGGGGUCAAGUCCUUGGCUUCACGCCUACAGGUGUCUCCUGCAAGAGGAGGGGGCCGAUAAGGAGACACAGAAGAAGGCCAUACUGAUGCAACUCUGGGCCACACAGGGUAAUGUCGGUCCUGCUGCAUUUUGGCUCUUGGGCUACUUGUUGACAAAUCCUGAGGCUCUGGCAGCGGUGAAGAGGGAGAUGGAAACCUCAGACUCUCUGUUGGACGGACCUGUGAACACCCCUGUGUUUGAUAGCGCCUUGGAGGAGGCACUUAGACUCACUGCUGCCCCCUUCAUUACCAGAGAGGUAGUGCAGGAAAAGACUCUCCACAUGGCUGAUGGCCAAGAGUACCUGCUAAGGAAAGGAGACAGGGUGUGUUUGUUCCCCUUUAACAGCCCCCAAAUGGACCCUGAGAUUCACCAAGAGCCACAGAAAUUCAAGUACGAUCGUUUCCUGAAUGAAGACGGAUCAGCGAAGAGAGUCUUUUAUAAAGGAGGGAGACGGCUGAAAUAUUACACCAUGCCAUGGGGCGCAGGGACCAAUGGCUGUGUGGGAAAGCAGUUUGCCAUCAAUACCAUCAGACAGUUUGUUCACAUGGUGCUGGCUAACUACGAUUUGGAGUUGUCUGACCCAAAUGCUCAGAUACCGGAGGUAAAUGCCAGUCGUUAUGGAUUUGGGAUGCUGCAACCAGAGGGGGACUUGCUUGUCCGAUUUAAACCUAGAAAUACACACUAGUGCUUAAAAAAAAGCAAAACACAUAUGGUUUAAUGAACAUUUCAACACAUACACCUUGUUUAUAAUGUCAAUAUGCCCUUUGUACUUUUAUAUUCUAUAUUUAUAU